AAGUUGGCUCAUUUCAAGUUAUUUUUUUCUUUGAAAAUUGUGAAUAAUGUCUGAAGAAAAACUCGAAACCGAUCCGGAGUCAAGUGAAACUGGGAGCGAGGUUUCACUAUCGGAAAAAAUUGUUUUCGAGUCAAACGAGAAACGUCUUCGUCAAAGAAUGACUUCGUUGCAGAAUUCAAUCAUGAAUUUGAAAGAACAGCUGAAACUCGAAAAAGAAUUAUGGAAGGAAGAUAUGGAAAAAAUCCGGGUUCUUCAAAUGCAACAGGAAUUGAAAUGCAUGUGUGCUCUUCAUUCGACUAAAUCCGAGAGUAAAAAUAGUCUUUACAGUCUCGGAAGUGGCGAAAGUUACAAUUUGUACGAUAAAUUCAAACCACAGUCUAUAAAACAAUUACUGGAAUUGCAAAAUUACAAGCGAAAAUUGACCGAAACGGAAAAUAUGUGCAAUUUGGAGCUGACAAGAGUCAAACAGAGUUUAGACGACUUGAAAACCCUACAAAGCAUUGCAUCGGAAUGGGGCAAGAAGGAAAUCGACCAAAAAACCGACUCUGAAGCCCUAACCGAAAUAUUCAUUAACAAAAACUGAAUUUUAAAAUUUAAUAAAAUUGACUAGUGAUUUUG